UACGACGUCGUUUGGAAACAGUUUGAUUUGGAUUUAACAUUUACGUUUAAACCUUGUACACAGUAAAACGGCGCCGUUUCGCUGUGCUGCUGCCGUUGAUUGUUUCUACCUGCCGACUGCCGCUCUCCGGCGCCCUCCGCCUGUUCGUCUGUACUCUUCAGUCGUAUCUCCGUUCAUAGCUUCCUCGGCCAUAAAGAGAAGUCAAGGUUUGCAAUAUGGACCUUAAACUAUUCAAAUUAGACAUUGACGAGCUUAUAAAUGAGUUUGCCAAGGGUGGAUCUCCUACUUUUGCAGAAAUGAAGAGAGUGUGGGUUUCUAAAAAGUUCUCCUAUAUUUUCGAGGCUAGUCCCCCUAAAGAUCAAGCAUGCUUUAUACAAUCACUCUAUGCUUACUGCAUUGGUUAUAUGGUGUCUACUAAUUCUCUUUUGAGUAGACUGGGUGGACUAUAUUGCCUAUAUUGCCUCUAUGAGACACAGCCAUUCAAGCCUCCUUUCAAGAUUUAUUUAUCUAUGGGAGAGUUAAAGAAUCUUAGGAACGUUGUCGCUGAAGCAAAGGCCAAAGAUGUUAAGGUAGUCCCUGCUGUAGUCAAGCGUAUGUUUGAUAGGAACAUGUUUCUUUUUGGGUUUGUGGAUGUGAAUGAAAGCUCUGCAGCGGAGAGACUAGAUGAACUUUCAGAAGUACAAAAUGCAAGUAUCCAAAUAGCAUGCAAAAAGUUAUUUGCAAAUAGCCGGAUCGAGCAUUUCACCCACAUGGAUAUGGGAUUGGAGCUUGAGGUGGAUAUGCUCAAGCAAAAGUCAGCAGAUUAUGCAAGGGCGAAAGAUCUAGCUAUUAAAGAGGCUAGUGGCAUUGUGGAUGUAGAAAGUAUAAAGCACAUAGCAGAAAACCAGACAUUGAUAGGAGACGUGGUCGGGAAGACUGCUGAUGACUGGAAAGUUCAGAAGGAACUAUUUUAUCAAAAAACAGGCAUUCUUCAUCAGCCUGUGAAAAAAGACUCAGUUGACGUUGUUGGAGGAGAGCAUGAUAAGUCCCAACAAAAAGUGGCUGAAGAGCAUGAUAAGUCCCAACAAGAAGUGGCUGAAGAGCAGGAUAAGUCCCAACAAGAAGUAGCUGAAGAGCAGGAUGACAAUGAAGACUUCAGUAAGGAACUUGAAGAAGUGUUAUUGUCUGCACAGUACGACUCUGACUUCGAAGAAUAGGGAGUCCUUUUUAGGCCAGAAGACCAUCAGUGGAAUUAUUAAACUGAAAGAAGGGUAGACCAAAAGCUCCAACAGAAGUCCACAGACCCCUCAAUUGACACCAAUGAGUUUUUGCAAAAGGGAAAUGGCUUCUUUUGCAGCUAUAAACAAUUUUGUAGUUGUAAAAAUGGGCAAAAUCUUGGGAGAUCUAGCUGUAAAUCACAAGUAUGAUUGUAAGUGCUUUUUGGGUGAAUGAAAGAAUACAGUCUUCUUACAAUGUACAUUCUCUAGAAAUGGGACUUAGACAGAUAAAAAAUUGCUCUUUUUAUUUCUCCAAA